AGCGUCUUUCUUCUUCCGGCACACGCAAACAUGGCGCCGGCGGUCCCCCUGUUAGCAGUUCGAGGCUCGGCCGGCACGUCUCUGCUCCGUGGACCUCCACAGUGUGAGCAGCACUCAGCCUUCAGCAGUGACUGUGGAGUCUGCAGAUGUGUGACCUUCAGCAAAGACGGGACGCUGUUGGCGUGGAGCAACAAAAACGGCGUCUCGGUGGUGAAGUCCUCCGACGGCUCCUCGGUGUCGACCUUCGACCUCCCAAAAACAGCCCUGAUGGAGAUCUCUCCUCUGAACAACGUCCUGGUUACCUGGCAACCGUACACCAAGACUCAGGACAGUCCUCAGGGCGAAGCCAACCUGCAGCUGUUUGACCUGCAGAGCGGCCAACUCAUCAAAGCUCUGUAUCAGAAGAAGGUCGACUCCUGGUGUCCCAGCUGGUCUGAAGACGAGAAGAUCUGUGCGAGGAUCGUCAACAACGAGCUGCACUUCUACGAGAACAACGACUUCAACUCCAUCGCCAACAAGCUGCACAUGCAGAAAGUGUCCGACUUCGCUCUGUCGCCUGGAGGUCAGCCGAGCAAGGUGGCCGUCUACGUCCCCGGCACCAAAGGCGCUCCGUCCUUCGUCCGUCUCUACCAGUACCCGGUCCUCGGAGGUCCGACUGCUGCUCUGGCCAACAAGAGCUUCUUCAAGGCCGACAAGGCGACGAUGCAGUGGAACAAGAAAGCGUCGGCGGUUCUGGUGACGGCCAGCACCGAGGUGGACAAAACCGGAGCGUCUUACUACGGCGAGCAGACGCUUCACUAUCUGGCCGUGAACGGGGAGACGGCGCUGGUCCAGCUGGCCAAGGGCGGUCCGAUCUACGACGUGGCCUGGAGCCCGAGCUCCUCCGAGUUCUGCGUGGUGUACGGGUUCAUGCCGGCCAAGGCCACCGUCUUCAACCUCAAGUGUGACCCAGUGUUCGACUUCGGAACCGGACCCAGAAACGCUGCCUACUACAG